AUAUUUGCUCGGCGUGUGACGUCAUGUUGGUUGUUAUGCACUCGUGAAUACCGCCAUUGCUAGUGACAAUUUUAUGUUGAAAUGUGACAAAUCCUUUUUUAUCGCUCCUCCUUUUAAAGAAACCCAGUGAAAAUAAAUUUUUAAAUAUCUCACGGACUGCAGUAAUCUUCCGAAAUUCUCCCCGGUGUCUGCUAUGGCCGGUAAGCAACUUGUUUAUGUGGGAUAAAUACGGCGACCUAAUUGCUCUCUGGAAACAUGACGGUUAGGAAUUUAAAUCUCGGUAAUGGGGAGGUACAAUGGUGCUUCUCUCAGGUGAAAGGGACGCUGGAAGAGGAUGUAACAGACGCUGAUAUUAUCUCCUGUGUCGAAUUUAACCACGAUGGUGAUCUCUUAGCGACAGGGGAUAAAGGAGGACGAGUAGUCAUAUUUCAGAGGGAUCCUAUCAGUAAAAACUGCAUUCCAAGACGUGGGGAGUACAAAGUGUACAGCACAUUUCAUAGUCAUGAACCUGAGUUCGACUACCUCAAGAGUUUGGAAAUUGAAGAGAAAAUUAAUAAAAUUAGGUGGUUGAAAAGGAGGAAUCAAGCCCAUUUUCUUCUCUCCACUAACGAUAAGACUAUAAAACUAUGGAAGGUUUCGGAACGUGACAAGAGAGUAGAAGGUUACAAUACCAAGGAAGAAAAUGGACAGAUGAAGGAUCCUUCUUGUAUAACACAACUCCGGGUUCCAGUUAUAAAACCAAUGGAACUGAUGGUUGAAGCUUCACCACGGAGAAUAUUUGCUAAUGCACAUACUUAUCAUAUUAAUUCAAUUAGUGUCAAUUCCGACCAGGAAACAUACCUGUCUGCAGAUGAUCUUCGAAUAAAUUUGUGGCACUUAGAAAUUACUGAUCAGAGUUUCAAUAUUGUAGACAUAAAACCGACAAAUAUGGAGGAGCUUACAGAAGUUAUAACUGCUGCAGAGUUUCACCCAGUUGAAUGUAAUCUGUUUGUGUAUAGCAGUAGUAAAGGGACAAUAAGGCUGUGUGACAUGCGAGCGGCAGCACUCUGUGACAGGCAUGCAAAGAUGUUUGAAGAACCAGAGGAUCCAACGAAUAGGAGUUUCUUUUCAGAGAUAAUCUCAAGUAUAUCAGAUGUAAAGCUAUCUAAUUCUGGUCGUUAUAUGAUAUCUAGGGAUUAUUUGACAGUUAAGGUUUGGGAUCUUCACAUGGAAACCAAACCUAUAGAAUCGUAUCCAGUUCACGAGUACCUGCGAUCAAAAUUAUGUUCACUAUAUGAAAAUGACUGUAUCUUUGAUAAAUUUGAAUGCUGCUGGAAUGGAAAUGAUACAUCAAUUAUGACUGGAUCAUACAAUAAUUUCUUUAGGAUUUUUGAUCGCACAACGAAGAGAGACCUUACUCUGGAGGCAUCUAGAGAUAUUGAUAAACCAAGAACUGUUCUGAAACCUCGGAAGGUAUGCACAGGAGGUAAACGGAAGAAGGAUGAAAUCACUGUUGACUGCUUGGACUUCAAUAAAAAAAUAUUGCAUACAGCAUGGCACCCUUCGGAAAACAUAAUUGCAGUGGCUGCUACAAAUAAUCUGUUCCUAUUCCAGGACAAGUUCUAGCAGAAUGGCAUGAGAGAAACAAAUUGGCUUUCUGUGAAGUGCUAUUGACAGUGGAACUUAAUAGCCAUAACUGCAAAGGAAGAGGAGCAAUAAUAUGGGUGAGAGCCAUUGCUACAGUGCAGAGUCCAUAUGCCCAUUUUGAAGCUCAUCAGCAUCGUUCUUCCACCGCUAGUGUCAAGACAUGUCUGUGAAGUACUUUUUUAUAUAAAAUGUUCAAAAUGAUAAAAAGGGAGGGCUUGUGAGGGAGUCCAGUGCACAGUUGUCCCCAGUGUCUGUGAUGUUGGAAAUAAUGCAACUGCCUCCACAUAAACGUGCUCCAUUAUAUAUCUAUGUCUAGCAUGCUGGGAUUUUUUUUAUUACAGUGCAAGGACUACACUAUUUUAUAGACAGUCCAAAUGUAAGAAAAAGCACGCCAGAUAGUUUUCCGGCCUGGCAGUAUGCGGCUUUAUAUUGCCUGGUUUCAUAAAUUUUUAGUUUCUAUUUUUGACGUGUAUGCUUACAUGCUGGAGGCUGUACCGGAAUAUGUAUGCUUGGAAACUGUUUUGAAAUACUCAAGAAGUGUGGACUAAAACUAUUUUUUCAAUAGUGUUUAGCAGUUUGAAGUGUAUCUGUUGACUGGAAAAUGUUUUUGUGAGAGAGAGACUGCUGCAGAUAAACAAGGGUAACAGUGUUGUUACUCCCGGUUUUGCUAAUCAGAUUGUGAAACAGUUUUGGUAUAACACUCGUUACUCAUAUUUGUUAGCAUUUUAUAUUGGAGUAUUUUGUGGAUUACGGCAAUAAGUAAGGGGACAUGGCGAGUGAGUGACAGGUUAAUUUGAUAUAUUGAUUAUUUUCAUUUUGUUGUGUACAAACACUACCUUUAAUAUAAAAUUUAUGAAAAAAUCUUGUCUCCUUUUUUAAAGAUUUGUUAAUAAAUUGGCGUUCUCUGUUGGUAGGCAAUUGAAAUUGUAAAUGCAUGGUCCUGAAUAACACUGUAAAAUAUAUGUUGUGUUAAUUGAACAAUGUUUCAAAGGCAUUCUAUUCCUUUUAUUUAUUAUUUUUUGUGUUAUGUAUUACUGAUACAGAAUGGUGCACAAAAUAUGUAUAGUAAGAUGUGAAUCUGGUGUGUGCUGUAGAUUGUUGUUUUCCUUCUCAGAAGCUUUCGAUGUAAGGCACUUCGACAGUUACUCCUUUGUGUAUGAAAAAAGUAGAUAUAUUUUAAUUGUACUCAUUUUUUAUUUAAAAAUUAAUUUUAAUUUUGGCUGUACCGAUACAUAUAAAGUGGAAUAUACCAUAAUAUGACUGUUACAGAAUGGCUUAUUGAAGUCAGUUUCCUUCCAUUAAAAGUAGGUGGGAGGUGGGAUAUGAGUGAAUACUCCAUGUGUCAUCCUCCAAUGUAUCAUAUUAUGAUUAAGUUAUUCACCAUUACUUUAUUUAUUUAUUUCUAUAUGAGCUGUGAUUUUCUGCAGACUGUUGGCUGAUAUGUUAAGGAAAAUGAUUCAUAACAUCUUAUAUUUCAGUAAGUGAACAUAAAAUAAAAACACUCAGUGCAGUGGGAGUCAUAAUAGUUAAUUAUUUAUUAGUUAUAAAUAUGGAACAUAAAAUCUGUGGACAUACAAUUAUCAAAAUUAGUUUCUAACAACACCAAUAUUUCACCAAAAUCGGAAGAAUAAAUACAUUAGUUUGUUAGAACUACUGUUUCACAAAAGCAAUGCACAGUACGUCAUCUUUUCACAGAAUCACCAGUUCACUCUAAGAAUUUUGUUUCCUAGUAGUUCCUGGACUAAGUUAUUUGUGCAUGUAAUAGGACCUCACAUGUGUCUGUAACAGAGGUCCACAUAAGAAAUUUUGCACCAGCAUCACUAUUAUUGAAUUUCUGAAGCUGUAGUGAACUAGAUAUUCUAAAACAUUGUGCAUUACAUGUGUUGCAACUUUUCUGUAUUUUGCUGUGGGCAAUGGGCUAACAGAAAACCAUAGCUAGUUUUCAGACAGAUGCCUUCAUAAUUGUGAAAACUAUUUGACUCGUACUGCAUUUUUACAAUGUAUUACUUUUUGAUGUGUAUAAUAUAUUUUCAGCUAACUGUGAA